AUGGCAUUUAGUUUCUACUCCAUUAGCAAGGCGCACGAAGCGGUGAAGUCGCGUGAUAGUACCUGUCAGCAUUCCAGUGGAGGGCGCCAGCGCUGCCGCCUGAUCGGCCUUUGCCUCUAUGAAGCGCCGCGACCGAUCGAUAUCAACCAUCACAACCCUAUCGCCGCUCAAAUCACAAUUCGAAACGCUAAUCUUGACGAUCUCGAGGUCGAGCUCGAGGAUGAAAUCCAGGAGCGUCUAGAAUUGAGGAGUCUUGUUGAAGCCAUUACUGACUUUGGAGCACGAAUUGGCCGUCCUCUUCCCCACCUUUCCGUAAAGGUGCCCACUUCUCCACUGAUUAACGUGGUGUGCCAAGGCCAGGGUGUCCGUGCGCAGAACUAUUUUUGCAUGACCCAUACGGACACCGAUUUCGAAUCUGACUGUAGCACGUAUCUGCCACCCGACUUCCUAACACUGAGCCAUUAUAUCACCAAGCUAUAUACUCUUGCUAGAUCUACAGGAAGGUGCUACAAUGUUCCUAUUGAGCAUGGAUCGAGGACAGGUCCCUCCAGCAGGGGGCUUCGGGCUUGCCUCCAAGCUUCCUUCGAAAUCGACCUCACUGCAGUCCACAGAGCCAUCGUUGAGGCGAUGCUGGAGACCGCAGUCAUGGAUACAGAUCGCCAGCUCUCCAUGGACAGCAUUCUCAGCACACGGGCGAGCAUCCUGCACCGCAUUGGCCACUGCGUCAACGGCUCAACCCCAAUCCACUUCCUCGACUUUGUGUAUCCUCCCGAUUCGCGCACCCCCUUGGAGCAAUACAUACGCUUCGAAGUCUUGCGUGUCCUCCGGGCUGCACUGGUGGAGCCGUCUUUCUUCUCUUGCUCUGCGAGCCAGAUGGUGGCUGCGGCAGUCUCUGCAACGUGGCGUCGUCGGUUCGGAAUCCCCUGGGCGGAGCCGCUCGAUUCCCUUCCUGGUCACCAUUACGAAGAAAUCAAGUGGAUAGCGGACCUUCUGUAA